CUAGGAUAUUCUUCUUCAAUGACAGAUUUAUAGAUGUGGCGUCGUUGUGCAUCUCUACACACCCUAUUACAACGAUUCCGAGCCUUAUUAAAUAUCUAUUAGCUUCACAGCUAUUCAAUCUGUCAUCAUAUUAAUUAGGAAUUUAGGAGUGGUUGAAUUUAUGCAAAAAUGUCAUUAAAAAUAAUAAACACAUAGACCAAGUAAUGUAUUAAAGGAGUACAUUGUAACAUCAAACAUGUACCCAGUAUAUAAGUGUAUAAUCUAUGCAUGUACCUAUAGAUUUGGUAUAUAGAUAGCAUGUUAGUACUAAUAUUUAUAUGAGCUGAAAAUAAUUUAAGGUACAAAAUGGGUAUAGAAAAGUAUAAUCAGGGUGAGAACUCAGAAUAUCUUUAUGAUCCGGAGAUCCUUCAUAAGCUAGAUUUCAGUAAGAGUCCAGCUAAAUUUAAUCCAAAAAUAAGUGCUGCUCAACCAGGAGAAGAUUGGAUGGUUGUAAGACCUUUGCAAAGGGAAGAUUACAAUAAAGGUUUUCUGCAACUGCUAAGUCAACUCACAAGUACAGGAAACAUUUCAAGAAAACAAUUUGAUGAGCGGUUUACUCAGAUGAAAAGUUCUGGUGGUUACUAUGUAACAGUAAUUGAAGAUAAGCGGAUAUCCAAAAUUAUUGGCGCAGCGACCCUCACAAUUGAACAAAAAUUCAUACAUAAUUGUUCUGUAAGGGGACGCCUUGAAGAUGUCGUUGUGAAUGAUACAUAUAGAGGAAAACAGUUAGGCAAAUUAAUUGUAGUUACCGUAUCACUACUAGCACAGGAGCUGGGCUGCUAUAAAAUGUCAUUAGAUUGCAAGGACAAACUCAUCAAGUUUUAUGAAAGCCUCGGUUACAAACUUGAACCAGGAAACUCUAAUGCUAUGAACAUGCGGUUUGAGGAACCAUCUUGACAAUUAGCCGCUGGGACAUCCGACCUGCGUUCUAAACUGUAAGUAGGCAUGGGCAAUCAGUGGUCAUUGCAGCAUCACCUCUCUCAAACAUAAUUAUCAUCAUGACAUAAUUAAUAAUUACAUCCUGUAGAGUAGAAAGAAAUGUUAUUUGUAAUUUGAUUAUUAUUGUAUUAUUGGCUAUAUGUUAUUUAUGCGUUUUGUUGUAAUGCCGCUGGGUUGUUUAUGCUCUUACAGUUGCAGGGUCAAUUUUUUUAUCCAUCAAAGCCGAUAUUUUACUAUUUUGUUAAUGUAUCAAAACGUAAAGUUCGCAUUUGAUGGGGUAAUUAAUUGAUUUUGGAUGUCUUAGCAAAUAAAUUUUGGUUAGUUUAUAAGAUUACUUUGCUUGUUAUUUCACUAUUGUAUAUUUUGUAGAAUUGUUAUAAUUUUUAUUUUGCAUUAAGCUUCAUUGUGUUCUUUGUUUUGCAUUUUGUUAAUAACUCAAUUGCUCGCUUGUAUUGUGACUAAAUAACUUAGUUUUUAGAAAAGAAUUUAUACUAAUUCAAAUUAAAACCUAUUAAAUGUUUUUGUAUUUCA